UUUUUAGGAAAAUAAACUCGGUCAAGUCACUGGCCGAGGUCAGCACAAGCAACAGCAGCCAGAGCCAACAUACAAUUCCCACAACGACCAAGGAAACAGUAUGAACCAGGGUUAUUACGACAGUAACCAAGGUGGAUAUCAGCCCCCAUCUGGGCCAGGAAGUGCAGGCUACAAUCCUUAUGGUCCACAGGGAAGCUACCCACCCCCGCAAGGGGGUUACCCUCCCGCUCCAGGAGGUUAUCCUCCGCAACAAGGAGGAUACCCACCACCUGGGGGUUAUCCUCCACAAGGAGGAUAUCCGCCUCAACCCGAACAAGGAGGAUAUCCAGUAAUGCCACAACCAGGUGGCGGAAUGCCACAACCAGGUGGUUACCCACCAAAUCAAGGUGCGGCCCCGCCAAUCGGCUUUAAUCUUGGCUAUCCCCCACAGGGACCAAAUAACCAAUUUCAAGGCGCCGGCGGAUAUCCUCCACAAAGCGGUAUGGGCUAUCCGCCACAACCAGGAUAUAACCAGCCAUCGCAGCCUGGUUAUCUACCACAAGGACAAUUUAAUCAAGGAAUGGGCUAUCAACAGGGUCCACAAUAUGGUGGAUACGGACAGCCAGGUUGGUCCUCUCCAAAAAUCUAUAAAUCUCUGUACAAGUCGUUCCUGUAA